CGUUGAGCCGGAAGCUAACUAACAGUUGUGCUCCCAUGGUUAGAGUGCCGCCAAAAAGUGUAUUAUUUAAUGAGGCUGGCAUUCAGUUCACGAGUUUAUUCCUUUACAUUUGAAAGUGUGCACCAGCCUUCAUAUUUGCUGCUAACGUGAGCUCCAUCAUGUCGGGGGCGCAGCUGCUCAGACUGCUGGUGAACGAGCGACUGACGGCGGCUGCCGAGGAAAUCUUUGGACUUGUUGAGAAGACAAUAGGGGAGUAUCAAGAAGAAGCUGUCAGCUGCAAGAGAGAAAUCAUGCAGCUGAAACAGCAGAUCGAGCAACUGACCGUCUUGAAACCUGAAGUGAUAUUAUUCAGGGCAGACAUCCAGUCGGUCGCUGUGGAGAUUUUGUCCUCACAAAAUCAAGAGCAGCUUUCCAAUGUGGAGGAAAACGAGAUCCAUUACUGUCAGCAGGUCAAAGAGGAGCAGGUGGAUUGGUGGAUCAGUGCAGACUGUGCAGUCAAUGGUCCGGACAUGGAGGCUGAUACUUCCAACAAUGCUGAACAUCCUAAAUCAGAACAAGCCUCUGAAUUUCAGCUGCUCCCGUCUUCCACGGAUGUAGCUGUGAGUGUACACGGAAGCAUAGAAAACAAAUGCAAUGAAAGAAAUGGUCCAUCGUCGCCUCGUCAGAGUCAGCAGGUGGAUCGGUGGAUCAGUCCAGACCCUGAGGAUGAUUCUUUCAAGGAUAUAAAUGUCAGACUUGCUGAUACUGAAACAACUGCUCAGACAGACUACCAGCUGUUCCCAACUUUCAGCACUAUAACUGUGACAUUGAAUGAUAAUGAAUGGAAUGGGAACGCCGGCUCAAGCUCAUCCUCUUGUGGUCCGAGUUGCAGUGACACUGCUUUUAGGGAGCAAAAACAAGCCCGGAAAAGCCCAAAGGAAAAGCCUUGUCGUUUCUGUGGCGAGCAGUUCCACAGGGACGCUGAUCUGAUCAGACACGUUGAUAAGAUUCACAUGAGUUUGAAGGCCUUUAAAUGCUCCGAAUGUGACAAGGAGUUUAUUAGUAGGGUCCAUCUGAAUUCUCAUUUAAGAAUUCACACAGGUGAAAAGCCACACAGGUGUUCUUACUGCACCAAAUCAUUUGCUCAAAUUUCAAAUCUCAAUGUUCACUUGAGGAUGCACACAGGGGAAAAGCCAUAUUUUUGCAAAAUGUGUUGCAAAAUGGUUGCCAAUACACAUCAUCUCAAAACGUGUGGUAUGAAGUCAUUUUGCUGUUUGGUUUGUGGUCAGAAAUUCAGCACGGCUUCAAAACUGUGGGAUCAUAAUCAGAUCCAUUAAGCCAGGGAACCCUACACACCCUCGGCCCUCCCUGAAUCGGCUCCCAUUUUUCUUUUGCAUUGAUUUUCAAAUGUUAUUGUUGACCUUCAAGGCUUUAAAUGACCGAACUAAAUGAAAGAUCAACUAACCCCUCCUGAGCGUUCCCAGAUCAUGACUGUGUUUCACAACAAAUUUUAUAUAUGUAUAUGUAUAUGUACAUAUACAUAUAUAUACUGCUCAUGAUUAUCU